UCUUCUCGCACGCUCUCUCUCUCUAGCGCGCGCGCGCGCGUGUGUGUGUGUACACGCGCGUGUGUGUGUGCAUGUGUCCCGCGUCCCGCACGAAGAGGUGUCAAUAUGGCGACGGCGGCGUGUGCGAGAGGCAGCGCCCUCGUCUCACUUGCUCUGGCCAUGAUGAGCCUGGUCCGCGCCGACGUCUUCCCGCAUCCGUGGACAAUUAAGCAAUGGGCGGGGAGGCUCGACCGGGAACUGGAGCGCGUCGUGCGUCAAGCCAGCGGGGUCGACCAACUCAAGCAGCUGUACACGGAGCACAAGCAUCUGUUUGAGGUUCGGAGGAACGAUGCACAGCAUCUGGUGGAGUCGGUGACCGGCGAGAUUGAGAAAGUCCUCGACAAAAAAGUGAAGGCUCUGGAGAGGCUGGCCAGGACUGCAGAAGAACUGCAGAGAGCUCACCAGUGGAGUGACAACAUCAAGGAAGAAGAUAUGCUUUAUUAUAAUGCGAAGAAAGAGCUUGAAGAGGAAUAUUCAGUGGGCAACGGAGAGCAGGAUUCGGAGGAGGAGGAGGAGGAAGAUGGACAUGAGAUUAAUUCUCCGCGAAUCGAGCCGACGUUUAAGCAAGACUCCGCGUUUGGAUUCUCUGUGGAUAAAAAUCACUCCGCGAUUCACAUCCCAACUGACAUUUACAAAGCCUCCACGAUCAUUCUGAACGAGCUGAACUGGACGGCGGGGCUCGAUGAGGUGUUCAAGCUGAACAAGGAAGAGGACCCCACUCUGCUGUGGCAGGUGUUUGGAAGUGCCACAGGUCUCACCAGAUUUUAUCCAGCAACUCCCUGGGUGGCUCCGGGAGACGUGGAUUUGUUUGAUGUCCGCAGGCGGCCGUGGUACAUACAAGGGGCCUCAUCUCCCAAGGACAUGGUGAUCAUUAUAGACGUGAGCGGAAGUGUCAGUGGACUCACAUUAAAACUGAUGAAGAAGUCGGUGUCUGAAAUGCUGGAAACCCUUUCCGAUGAUGAUUACGUGAAUGUAGCAUCUUUUCACAACGAAGCCGUCCCGGUGUCCUGCUUCAAUCACUUAGUGCAAGCCAACGUACGCAACAAGCAAAUGCUCAGCGAGUCCGUGGAGAAGCUAACUGCCAAGGGAAUGACGAACUACAAGGCCGCGUUUACGUACGCGUUUGAGCAGCUCUUAAACACCAACGUGACCCGAGCCAACUGCAACAAGAUGAUCAUGAUGUUCACCGACGGAGGAGAGGACCGCGCCCAGGACGUUUUUGAGAAUUACAACUGGCCGAAAAAAGAGGUGCGGGUGUUUACCUUCUCCGUGGGACAGCACAAUUAUAACGUGGCCCCUAUUCAGUGGAUGGCCUGUGCCAACAAAGGGUUUUAUUUUGAAAUCCCUUCCAUUGGCGCCAUCCGCAUUAACACUCAGGAUUAUCUGGAUGUCCUUGGAAGACCUAUGGUACUGGCAGGACCCAAGGCCAAGAAGGUGCAAUGGACAAAUGUCUACAAGGAUGCAUUGAACCUGGGUCUGGUCAUCACGGGCACCAUGCCAGUGUUCAACAUAAGCAAGAACGCAGGAGAGCAGCAGAAUCAGUUGCUGCUUGGCGUGAUGGGAGUUGACAUAUCGCUCGACGACAUAAAGAAGCUUACCACGCAGUACAAUCUCGGUCCGAACGGCUACUUCUUUGCAAUAGACCCCAACGGCUACGUGCUGCUUCACCCCAACCUGAAACCCAAGGUGACAAAAUUUGAAGAGCCAGUCACCCUUGACUUUCUGGAUGCCGAACUGGAAAAUGAUAUUAAAUUGCUGAUCAGGCAGAGCAUGAUUGACAAGAAGUCUGGAAUGCGCACUUUUGAGAUGCUAAUCAAAUCCUUGGAUGAGAGGUACAUAGAUAAAAGCAUGAGAACUUAUACUUGGACACCAAUGCAGUCGGCUGAAUACAGCCUCGCUCUGGUCUUGCCAUCUUAUAGCAACUAUUACAUCAGGUCAUCACUUACCGACCAAAUACUACAGGCACAAUUCAAAAAGGGCACACGCAAGGAGGAUUUAGAGUUCCUCUUGCCGAGCUCCUUCGAGACCAUUGGACAUGUGUUCAUAGCCCCCAGAGAGUACUGCAAAAAUCUCAGACCGAUGAGUGACAACGCUGAAUUCCUGCGGACAUUUAUUGGCGAGAUGGAGAAAAAAACGCCGGAUUCGGAGCAUUGCAACACGGAUAUGAUAUACAACCUCAUUCUUGAUGCUGGGAUCACUGCAAAGUUGGCUCAAACGCAUUGGCAAAAACAAAAUAUAGCAAGCAUGGGCAUUCUAACACUCUUUGUGGCUACGGAUGGUGGAAUUACAAGGGUAUACCCUUACAGUAGUGACGAUGAAUGGGAGGAAAAUCCAGAACCGCAUGAAUCCAGUUAUUACAAGAGAAGCUUAGACAACAAGUCAUUCAUCUACAGGGCCACACAUUUCGGAGCCGCAAGGCAAGCAUAUGGUGCCAACGUGUCCAUGGGAAUCCUGGCUUCACGCGUUGUCGACGUCAACAUCGAUGGCAAGAGCCUGCGACCUGCAGUGGUCGGAGUGAAGCUGAAUCCCGAAUUCUGGGUGCCCAGAUUCCGACUCCUCACCAAUAAUCAGACAGACAGAGGCAAGAAUCCAAAAAAGAUUUUGCAGUGUAUGGACAACUCUUGCGAAAUGGACUGCGACUCCAAAAGUAAUAUCUUGGAAUGUGUGGUGUUGGAUGAUGGAGGUUUCCUCGUAUUUUCAAACCAAGAAUCUCACCAAGAAAAGCUGGGCGAGUUCUUCGGGGAGGUGGACCCCCACCUGUUCCACGAGAUGCACAGACUGGCGGUGUACUCACGCGUCGAGUCCUACGACUAUCAGUCGGUGUGCGACCCUCCGCCUGAGUCGCACGCGGGCGCCGCGCACAGAUCCAUCCGCAUCCCAAAAAUAUAUGACAUCCUAAACCUUGCCUGGUGGUUCUCUGCAGCGGCAUGGUCGCUGCUCCAGCAGCUGCUGUGUGGAAUUACGGUACCAAACUUGUUCAGUCCGUCCGUGGACGCGAGGGACCCCCUGGACCUGAAGGGCAAGGUCAGCUGUGUGAUGCUGCAGACGCAGUACUACUUCCCAAACAACAACAAGUCCUUCCAUAAACUCAUCGACUGUGGCAAUUGCACCAGGUACUUCCAUGCGGAGAAGCUGGGCACCAGUAACCUGGUGCUGGUCGUGGCAGAGCUGUUCUCAAAAGAAUGUACAGUGUGCGAAGUUCGGAAAAUCAAGCAGGCCAAGCAAAAGUCGCAAGGACCCGACCCCUGUCUGCUGGCAGAAACGCCACGGUAUAGGAAAGGACCCGAUGCCUGCUUUGAUUACAAUGUCGAUGAUGAGCCCAUGUGCUCCGUGUCGAACCAAGCCUCCAAUGUGAUCCCUUCUACUCUUGCUCUAUUUUUCAUUCCAGCAUUAGUUCAAAUCCUUGUCCAGGGUCUGCCUGCUAUGGCUCCUCAUUCCCACAGACAGCUGCUUCUCGUGACCGUCACCCACCCAUCCGUCCAAACUGCCCCCUUAAAACAAUGACCUUGGUGGGACCUCAUGCUGUGACACUUCAAUGUCCUCUUGCCACACCUCUCUCGGUUACCACAGGCUCGCUCAUGCGCUUAUAUAAGUAAUCAGUGGGGAAAUAAUGCUACUUUGGUCCCUCUCUGUUGCAGUGAAAGUGCUGCGAAACGACAGGUUUUAUCUAUUUUUUUAAAAUAUUAUUUUCGUGUUAAAAUAUGUACCCAGGCGUCAGUGUGAACAUGACGCCUUGUGUGAGACACAGGAGUGACAGAGACUGUUGUAUGAAAUAUGGGAAUAGAGGAAAGAAAUAUCGCAGUCUUGCAUCCUUGUGCUCCAUUCUAUAUUGGGUAUGCCAAUAUGUUGUCAAUGUAUAAUUUUCUCCUUCAUUGCCCAGUUGCGCUGAUAGGUAACCAUUUCAGCUUACGUCCGUGCAAAUUUCAAUAAGAGAAGUCCUUUGCAAAAGUAUUUGACAAACUAUAUAACGGUGUCUUUUAAAAAACGUAUCAAUACUAAACUACCUGGUUUUGUCUCUUUGUGUUGAAAUAAGAAAGAUCGAUGUUUAACCAAUGUUAAAAUACCUCCUUUUUGUUUUUAUUAUUUUAAAUAUGGAAUAAAAAAAAACAAGCAGUGUUUAUAUGAUAGUUGCAGCACAAGUACACAAUUGGUGUAUAUAACUUAAAUAUGACAUUCUUUUAAUAAAAAAAAAUUACCAAUAACACUUGUAUAUACCUACUCGUUCGAGGAUGUGUCAAAUCAAAUAUAAUAAGAACUGCAAUGAAGCACAUAUCAACUCUCAUCUCCAACUUGCAGUUUUGUUCCUACGUUUAACAACAGAAGGCGCGUUUGUCGAAGUUCAUUUUUUGUUGGAAACAUUUCAGAUUUUUAUUGUAGUUUCCCUUUUUUUGGUUAGGGAUGGGCUAGGGAGCUACCGCAUGGUGGUAUCUAAGCGAUUGAUUUCAGGAUAUAAUUUGCCACAUUUUCAUUGUAAUCUUACUUUAUUGCCGUUUGAUUCAUAAAUAAUGUGGGGGGAGGGUUUUUUUUGGUCAGUGCCUAUGUUUAAAUUGGCUUCAAUGUUUUGUUCUGUAAACACAUUUGAAAGAACACGAAGGUAUAUAUAUGGAAAGAGAUCAUGCUUUAUUGAUCCCCUAUUGUAUUGAGACCAGCCUAUCCCUUAAAACAUUCCAGCGUGCAUGAAGAAACAAAAAACCCAUAUAUCCUAGCAUUUGCUAGACAUUGAUCCUUGAAAGCCAUUUGUUGCAUAGCUCAGAGCCAUUAUUCAGCCACAUACACCUUUCUGCAUUCAUGAAUGGAAUGAUCUGCAAUUACUGUAGUGAGUCCGUGCCUGUUUGAAGAUUGAAUGCUAAGGCAAAAUAAUAAAAUAACUAUUAAAAAAAUAUUUAUAUAUACAGUACUUGGUGCGUAUGUGGAAGAUGUUAUUUUAGAAUGUUGAGCAUUUUUUCAUGCACUAAAUGAUCACAUUAUUUCUACUUCAGUACGCUGUCACUAAAUAGAUUGAAUGUUGGUAACGUCCACAUGUUAUUUAAGAGUGCUUGGCAGCUUUUGCAUUGUGAAACCCACACCACGCCACCCCACACCACCACCCCACACCACAAAUGUUCUCUCAAAAAAAUGUUAAAUUUUUGUAAAUUCGGAGCAUUUUUGUAAUUUCUGAUUGUGAAUAAGAAUAUAAGAUGGACGUCUGCUUCAAAGUUGUUAACAUGCGAUUGCAGUCCGUUUACUCUGAAUUGAUCACAGAUGAUAAUGCCAACUUAUUGCAACUUGAAAUACUUGUGUUUUAAUAUAUGGAGGUAAAGAAACCGAUAUGUGGAGUAAUCAUUUUCAUAGCUGUACUUUAGAAAAAAGUCUGCAAUAAAAAAUGUUAAUAACGUAUGCUACUCAUGUGCUAACUACAGUAUUCAAAUCCCAUGGCUAUUCUGUUAAUUUCAGAUUUACUUUGUAACAUUACUUAAAGCACUAUUAUGUACAUUGUGUUAUUUAUAACUGUAAUCUGAUUUAAAAUUAAAGUACAGUAUCUAUUAAAGAAA